CCUCUCAGUCUUAUUCGGACCCGUUAGGAUCAGCCGUCGGAACGGACGCAUGCGCGCCCUUGGGUCGUCUCCUCACCGCGCACGAGCCUCUCCGUUUACUUUAUGCACCGUGGAAAUCGGUUCAAAGGAAUAUCAGGGUGACGUGUUGAGUGAAUAAGUGAUGGUGAUGAGGAGGUUGGAUAAAUUCUGUGGACAGCAAAACUGACUGAAAGCAUCAUUCUGACCUAAAGAGUCUUCAACAUGAAUCUGUGGGAAACAUGUCGAAGGAUGGUGUCUGUGAGCUGUUGUUUGCUGGUGAUGGUAACGUUACAUGUCGUGUUUCCGGAUGUCGCCAUGUCCUGCCCUCGGCCUUGUGCCUGUUAUGUCCCCUCUGAAGUCCAUUGCACUUUCCGCUCACUCGUCCUCAUCCCCUCCGGAGUGCCACGAUUAGUGCGACGCAUGAACCUUGGAUUUAACAGCAUUUCUGAACUUGACAAGGAGUCUUUAGCUGAACUGAGGAAACUGGAGCUUCUGAUGAUGCACGGAAACAACAUUCAUCAGAUCCCCGAUGGGGUUUUUCGAGACCUGAUGUCCUUGCAGGUUUUGAAAAUGAGCUACAAUAAAGUCAAAGUGAUCACAGGUCGCACUUUGUCUGGUCUCACACACCUUGUAAGGCUGCACCUGGACAACAACCACAUCGAAUUCAUCCAUCCGGAUGCCUUCAGAGGGAUGACAUCACUUCGUCUGCUCCAUCUCGAGGGGAACCAUCUGCAGAAGCUGCAUCCUUCUACAUUCAGCACGUUCUCCUUGUUAAAUCACUUCCCGGUCUCCACAAUCAAACAUCUUUACCUAGCGGACAAUUAUCUGACGUACCUACCAAGAGAAAUGCUGAGAAACAUGCCGCAUCUCGAAAACCUUUUCCUCUAUGGCAACCCCUGGACCUGCGACUGUAGGCUGGACUGGCUCCAAGAUUGGAUAGCACACCAUCCAGGCGUGAUGAAGUGCAAGAAAGACAAAGCACAUGCCACAGAUCAGCUCUGUCCUGUUUGCUUCUCACCUCAGCAUCUGAGUGGGAAACAAAUCUCUGAAAACAAGGAUUUCCAAUGCACAGGGCCAGUAAUUAGCAACUCACCAGGGAAAGACAUUUCACAAGAGGAACACCUCAGUGAGCUGCUUUCUCUGGAGGAUUUCAAGCCACCUUUUGGAAACAUCACGCUGAACCUGUCAGAUGAACAUGGAAACACUGUGGACUUGACCUGCCGAGUCGUAACGCCAAGGGAGUCAGCAGAAAUCAGGUGGAACUACACUGAGUCUUUACAGAUCAGCGCUAACAUGACGCUCUUAUCUGACCUCGAAUGCCCGAUGGACAGAGAGAAGUAUGCGAGAUUAUGGAGAAUGCUUGCAUACUACAGCGAGGUUACUCUGCACCUGAGCAGGGAGAUUAUGUUAAGUAAAGAGCCUGAACUGAGCUACAGAUACAGACAGGACAUCGAGAGAGACGCAUAUUAUUACACCGGAGUCCGAGCUAAUAUCCGGUCCCAUCCAUCUUGGCUCAUGCAAUCGUAUGUGAACAUAAAGCUCAACAAGCCCUAUUCCACGUCUAAGACUGUAAAGCUCAUUUUUACAACUCACAUGUCUUCUACCACAGAUAGUGAGCAGGCAAGAUGGCAGAAGAGAUCCUGGGUUAUGAUCAAACACAACAAUGCAACCCAGACAAUGUUUAGUACCGUCCUGGGCAGUGUUAUUGAGAUGGACUGCAGUGUGGUGAGUUCUGGAGCGCCGACCAUUCAGUGGAUGUUGCCUGAUGGUUCAAAGGUUAGAGCGUCCUUCAACAGCACAAACAGCCGACUUUCUGUGUCUAGUACGGGUAAACUUCUUAUCAAGGCAGUGGAUCAUUCAGACGCUGGUGUAUAUUACUGUAUUGCUGAAGUACUGGGAGAUGUAGACCUUCUUCCUUUUCGAUUAUUUGUCAUCGAUUCCUCCAGGCAUCCCGUAGGUGAAGAGGUCAAGAUUCCUUUAGAGAAAUUUGUCGGAGAAUCUGUUUAUCUGCCGUGCAACACCACUGCAUCACCAGAUGCUGAGGUGAACUGGAUCUUUCCAGAUGGCAGUGUGAUGAAUGCCAAAACAAACUCAUCUAGAGGUUUUAUCUUCUCCAACGGAACACUCUUCAUUCCUCGGUGCAGACCUGAUGAUAAUGGAAAUUACACAUGUGUGGCUCUGAAUCGGCAUGGUGAGGACACUCUUUUGACAAAGCUCACUAUUAUGAGACGGCAAGGAACACAACCUCUCAGACGGUAUCCCAUCGGGCCCCUCUCUGUGGCAGGCGUGUCUACAAAGGUCAGAGCAAUUUUUGAGGAUAUGGAGGAGUCGUCUGGUGAUGAUACAGGCCAGAACAGAAUGCCGUCAAAUAGAGGUUUUAUGCACCAUAAGCGGGGACCACAGUCAAGGUCACAAGCAUAUCCAGUCAGGAAUUUACAAAGACAUUUUCCAGGCCACAAGAAGCCAAUUAAGAAAGGUCUGAGGGGACAACAAAGAAAAGGGAACAGGAGAAAACUGAACAACUCCAACAACAGAAUCGACCCACAGAGAUGGGCUGACUUUUUGGCCAGAAUUCGUGAGAAAUCAGUUCCAAAUAUCACAACACCUAGCUCUUACCCAAGCUCUCCAGGACAAAGGGUUCAGACUGUAGAUCCAGAAUCUCACGGUAACAUAGAAGGAUCUUCUCCAGAUGAUGUGAGCUCACUGAAGGAAGAGUCGAACACCAUUAUCAUAUCUCACACUCAUAAUGAACAACCAGUCUCUGCCCCUUCACAUACAGAAUACCGGUUGCACACGACUUCGCCUCCUGAAACAACCAUUCAGUCUGAAAAAGUUCAGAUGAGACCCUCAGUAACCACAGCUUCACCUAAUUAUUUUACCACUGAGAUAAAUAUCCUGCAAGGGAACCAUGUGAGCACUUUAACUACAAGCAAUCCACACAGAGAAGAAAGACAGCGAGACAAAUUGGAAAAUAACCAAGCUGCUCCUAAUUCCGAGUUAAAGAAUGAGCUUGGCAUGUCAGGGAAUUCUGCUGAUGUUAAGGAAUCCUUCACAAAGAGUGAUAAGGAGAGGGAACAAGGGACGAAUAGCAGUUCAACACAGACAACCAAAGUCAUUUCAGCUAAUGUCAUAAAGCAACAAGCUCCAUCUACUUCAUAUUCCAGGAAACCUUGGAACUCCAGGAGACGAUUUGGAAGCAGAGGACGAAUAAACCGAAUAAGACUAAGACCAUCCUCGUCCCUAAUCACUAGCAGACCACAGUUAUCCACAGCACCCAAAGCCACUGGAGCACACAGGCCAUUAAUCACUACAACCCAAUCCACCACACUAACAGCAGGAACAUUGGCUUUUUCCACUUCUACAUCUAUUAUUUCUUCCCAAUACCUGAAAUGCUUGACAGACGAUGAUUGUAAUGGCGAUGAUCAAACGAAUGUCUCCCUGUUAGCUAAUAACAUCGAUGUACUUACCAACAAACUGGAGGCGAUUCCACAACAUUCCACAAUCCAGAGUACUGAACAAACUCGAAAUGUCACACAAUAUGAUUUUCACCACGGAAUACACCACCUUACUACACCUGCAGUAACCGUGACCACGUCUCCAAUGAGAGAAAAUAAAUAUACAUCUGUAAAGAGCUGGCAAAAUGUGCAAACAGCCACCACAGAGAUCCCGACGAAUUACCACAUUGCUUCUACAUCUCAGCCAGAAGCAGAUUAUGACACUUUUGCAGCCACUCAAUGGGGGUUUACAUCCCAACUUUUAACAGUAAAACCAUCUCAGGAGUCUUCCUCUGAGGAUGACGAGGCAGAGACCAGUAAUCACAUAUAUGAAUCCCAUCUGGAGAAAAGGCCAAAUGUCUUGCAGUUACUCAACACUACACAUGAAUCUGUCCAAUCUUCAAGUGAUCCAGUCAAACCCAUUCAAACCCCAGUUAUAGAUCUAAUAAAAGACACUAAGACAGAAGAUUCUCAAAGCACAACGCUUCAUACAGUUCCCAAUGAAUACAACUCUGUUCUUCCCAUUAUGACUCCAAGCCCCGAGGUGGGAGAGCGAGAGCUGCUGCGGACGAUGACAACGGCAACCACUGAAGCCAAGGUUCAGAUAUCAACGAAUCCUUUUAAAACGACGACGACGACGACAACAACAUCGACACACACGACUCCCUCAAUUAAAACCACAGAGCCUACGAUUAACACUCCAAUCAUAACUAUUUUUGGAGAAACAAACUCGUUAAAACCGAGCGUGCCAAUAGCAGAUAACAGAACUCCAAUUUACUCAAGAAAACUUCCAACUAACCACAUUCCAGAUCAGAAUCAUGGAAGAACCCUUGACUAUAAGCUCCCCAAACACAGACAUCCAUUUAUUAUCCAUCAAACAUCAUCAGUUACCGAUUUAUCUGUGUAUGAUGUCAUAACAAGCUCGGUUGGUACGAUUAGAUCAAGUGUGUCACCUAAAUAUUCAGCAGCCACUAUGCGGACGAUAACUACGAGCCCAACACAAACCGCAAAGCCUCUCAGUAGAAAUCAGACAGGUGUAGUCGCUACAAACCAGCACCUUGGCAAGAAUCUCUCGCUUCCUCAGCAACCACAUGUUCCUGUACUGAGAGCAAGGCCCAGAAUCACCACAGCUAAUUUUACCACAGUCACUGUGAAUGCUGAAACAGAUGUGCAGCUUCCGUGCAAUUCUGUAGGGGAACCUAAACCUUUUCUUAGCUGGACCAAAAUCUCUACAGGGGCUGUUAUUUCAGAAAAUUCCAGAAUUCAGCGGUUUGAGAUCCAACCCAGUGGCAGCUUAGUAAUCCGCAAUGUUCAGCUUCAGGAUCGUGGGCAGUAUGCUUGUACUGCUCAGAAUCAAUAUGGUAUUGAUCGGACGGUGGUUACGUUAAUGGUUCUUGCCCAGAUGCCAAAAAUCCUACUUCCAUGGCAGCAUGACAAGACUGUGUAUUUGGGAGACUAUGUCAACCUUGAGUGUCAAGCACAAGGUCUGCCCCAUCCUCGGAUAAGCUGGGUGCUUCCUAAUCAGACGGUAGUGCAGGCAGUUAGCACGAAGGAGCAGAGGCUAAUGCUUUUUAGCAAUGGGACAAUUCAUCUGAAGCAGACUAGCUAUACAGACAGUGGAAUCUAUAAGUGUAUAGCCAGCAAUGUAGCUGGAGCUUCCACAAUAUCGAUUCGGCUUCAUAUUACUGCACUUCCACCUAUAAUCCAGCAACGGCGACAAGAAAACCACUCCGUUUCCGAGGGUCAGACUAUGUACAUCCACUGCAGUGCUAAAGGAGCCCCAAAUCCAGUGAUUCGAUGGGUCACCUUCAGUGGCAUGCAAAUCCGUCCUUCCCAGUUCAUCAAUGGAAAUCUGUUUGUCUUUCCCAAUGGGACACUAUACAUCCGCAACCCAACAGAAAAAGACUCGGGUACCUACGAGUGUGUUGCUUUGAAUGCCAUGGGCAUAGCCAAGAGAAGAGUGAGUGUGAUUGUGAAGAGGGCUUUCUCUACAGCCAAAAUUACCUUCACAUCGCCCCUAAAAACUGAUGUCAGUUAUGGUGACUAUGCAAGGUUAGACUGCCAUGCUUCUGGAAGUCCUGAACCAAAAAUCAUCUGGAAAACGCCAGCGAAAAAACUUAUAGAUGCACAUUUCAGCUUCGAUCACAGAAUGAAAGUCUUCAGCAACGGCAGUCUCGCCAUUCAAUCGGUAACAGAUAAGGACCAUGGAGACUACAUUUGUUUGGCCAGAAAUAAAUUUGGGGAUGAUUUCGCUCUCCUGAAAGUGACUGUUAUGAUGAAAGCAGCCAAAAUAGAACGGAAACAGUUUAUUAACCACAAGGUUCUUUACGGGGGAGAUCUAAAGGUCGACUGUAUAGCAUCGGGCCUCCCGAACCCUGAGAUCAAAUGGAGUCUCCCAGAUGGCACCAUGAUUAACAGCAUCAUGCAGUCAGAUGACAAUGGAGUGCGCACAAAGACGUAUGUUGUGUUUGACAAUGGUACCCUUUAUUUCAACAACGUGGGUAUAAAGGAGGAGGGAGACUACACGUGCUAUGCUGAGAAUCAGAUUGGCAUCGAUGAAAUGAAAAUUCGUAUCAGAGUAGUGGCAGCUGCACCAACCAUACACAACAACACUUUUGAGGUGAUCAGAGUGUCACAUGGGGAAACAGCAUCACUUACUUGCAUGGCAAUAGCACAGCCCUCACCAACUAUAACAUGGCUUUCCCCAAACAACCACAUCAUAGCCCUGCCAGCGUCAGAUAAGUACCGGCUUAACAACGAUGGGACUUUGCAAAUCCAUAAGGUUCAACUGUUGGACAGCGGAAACUACACUUGCUCAGCCAAAAAUAUAGCAGGUACAGACAAGAAGGUGGUUAGUGUGGAGGUUGUGACUUCAGCACCUUUCAUAAAUGGACUAAAAAGUCCAGUGACCAGAGCAGAGGAGAUUGCUGAGAAGGACCAGCGGAUUCUCCUGCACUGCAAAGCUGAAGGAGUGCCAUAUCCCCAAGUCAUGUGGAUAAUGGCCGAAAAUGUUGUCCUUCCUGCUCCUUACUAUGGCAGCAGGUUCAUGGUUCAUCGCAAUGGUACUCUUGAGAUUCGCAAUUUACGCAAGAGUGACUCUGUCCAGUUGGUCUGCAUAGCUCGCAAUGAGGCAGGCGAAGCCAGACUGCAGGUACAGCUGCAUGUUACAGAGCAUGUUGAGAAACCAAAGCUGAAAAGCUUGGCCACUGAGACUGUUCAGUUGACCAGUGGAGUCUCUGUGAUCCUAAACUGCUCCAUGGAUGGACCCCCCUAUCCUGAGAUCACCUGGUUCCUUCCCAAUGGAACAACCCUAUUGAGUGGAACAAGCAUUUCCCAUUUCAACCAUUUGCCUGCUGGAGCUUUGUUCAUCAGAGAACCUUCUGUUUCAGAGGCAGGGAUUUACCGAUGUGUGGGCCAUAACAGUGCAGGUUCUGUGGAACGCAAAGUGACUCUACAGGCCAGCCAGAAGCCUGUCAUCAGCAGCAAGUACAACUCAUUAGUUAGCAUUAUCAAUGGUGAAAACCUUCAGUUGAACUGUUUGUCAAGUGGUAACCCACUACCCAAGCUUACCUGGACCCUACCAAGUGGAGAAACCCUCAAUAGGCCACACAGAAUGGGACGAUACAUCAUUUUUGACAACGGUACCAUAAUAGUUCAACAAGCAUCCGUCUACGAUAGAGGGACUUACAUUUGUAAUUCUGCCAAUGAACACGGGUCCUCGUCCAUGUCAGUCGCAGUGAUUGUGAUUGCGUAUCUACCACGCAUUACCGCUGGACCCUCAGCUGUCACUUAUGGGAGACCAGGAAUUGCAAUCAAGCUUGACUGCAUGGCAAUUGGGAUCCCAAAGCCAGAGGUGCUUUGGGAAAUGCCUGAUAAAUUCCAGCUGAAGUCGGGCCCCCAACUGCGGCUUUACGGGAACAGGUACAUCCACCCACAAGGUUCUCUGGUCAUCCAGAACCCUUCAAGCAGAGACAGUGGUUUUUAUAAGUGCACCGCCAAAAAUGUACUUGGCAGUGAUAGCAAAGCGACCUAUGUAUAUGUGUUUUAAUACAAAAUAUGAUUUUAUAAUAUAAAUACCUACAAGCCUUAAUGAACUGCAGUGCAGAGAAUACUGAUAAUAGCAAGUGAGUUACAUUGUAGAUACAGGAUAUAUUGGUUUAAUUUCUACCCACUGGUAAAUAUUUGCUUGUAAAUACAGUUUUAAUAAAAAUCGAGAUGAAUAUAUUCACAAAUUGAAAUAUGAGCAGAUAUGAUAGUGGGAGGAAAUUCCUGGUUCUACAAGUGCUCCAGUGACUCCCAGGUGUCUGCAAAGCAAGGUGAUGGGUAUACAGUUUUAAUUAUUAUUAGAUUACUAUUAUUACUAUUAUAUUUUUAUUCAUCCUUUGUUUCAAUAUAUUAUUAUAAACAUUUACAUUUUUUUUUUUACAAACGUUUCUUUGUAAAACAAAUGUGUACUGUGAGUGUCCAUGGGCUUAUAUUAAAGGUGCGGUCUCCGAUUUUUGAGAAAUGCUUCAGAAAACUGAAUCGGGCCGAAUAAUAAACAAAAAUAAAAAAAACGUGUAGCCAGGGGCGGGGCUUGUCGAUAUGG